AUGUUUCUGCUUAUCUCUCUUUUUCCCUCUAUGAUUUUUCUACUUGUCUCUUUUUUCCAUUUUUUUUUCUCUGAGCUUUAUUUCUUCUUUGUGUUUACUGUUCAUUCAUUCAGAACACUUCUUGUUAUGUACUUCUAUGUGUGUAUCCACAAGGGUCUCCCUGUCUCUCCCUCUCAGGGGUUUUCUUUAUUCCUCCUUUUUUUUCUUUAUUCCUCCUUUUUUAUUCCUCUUUUUUCUUUAUUCCUACUUUUUUCUUUCUUUAUUCCUACUUUUUUCUUUCUUUAUUCCUACUUUUUUCUUUCUUUAUUCCUACUUUUUUCUUUCUUUAUUCCUACUUUUUUCUUUCUUUAUUCCUACUUUUUUCUUUCUUUAUUCCUACUUUUUUCUUUUUCUUUAUUCCCUUUUUUUUUUCUUUAUUCCCUUUUUUUUUUAUCCCUCUUUUUUUCUUUAUUCCUACUUUUUUCUUUCUUUAUUCCUACUUUUUUCUUUCUUUAUUCCUACUUUUUUCUUUCUUUAUUCCUACUUUUUUCUAUAUCCUCCUUCUUUUCAUUCCACUUUUUUUCUUUAUUGCUUUUUUUUCUAUAUUCCUCCUUCUUUUCUAUAGUCCUUUUCUUUAUUCCUCUUUUUUCUAUAUGGAAUAAUUUUUUUCAAUAUUCCUUUCUUUUUUUCUUUGUCCUUUUUUUCUAUAUAAUCCUUUUCUUCUUUAAUCCCUUUUUUUCUUCUAUAUUCCCUUUUUUCUUUCUUUAUUCAAUUUUUUCUUUAUUCCUUUUUUUUCUUCCCUCUUCUUUUCUACCAGUCCUUUUUUUUAUAUUUAUCCUUUUUUUUUCUAUAUUUCUCCCUCCUUUUUCUUUAUUCCUCUUUUUUUCUUUUUAUUCCCCUUUUUCUUUAUUCCCCUUUUUCUUUAUUCCCCUUUUUCUUUAUUUAUCCCUCUUUUUUCUAUAUUCCUCCUUUUUUUCUUUAUCCCUCUUUUUUUUUCUUUAUUGCUCCUUUUCUUCUAUAUUCCCCUUUUUUCUUUAUUCCUCUUUUUUUUUCUAUAGUCCUUCUUCUUUUCAUUCCUCUUUUUUUUCUAUAGUCCUCCUUCUUUUCUAUAGUCUUUUUUUAUCCCGCCUUUUUUUUCUAUAUUUCUCCUUUUUUUUCUAUAUUUCUCCUUUUUCUUUAUUGCUCUUUUUUUAUUGCUCUUUUUUUUAUAGCCCUCUUUUUCUUUAUUCCCCCUUUCAUAUAACUAAUUUUGUUGGUUAUAAGAUCACAAGUGUAUCCUUUGCAACACAAGGAAAUGGCAAGACAGACCUUUUUUUACUUUUUCUUAUUUCUUUCUUUUUUCUUAUUUCUUUCUUUUUUCUUUCUUUCUUUUUCUUUUUUUCUUCUUCUUUCUUUUUUUCUUCUUCUUUCUUUUUUUCUUCUUCUUUCUUUCUUUUUUUUCUCACACCAAGCAAUGCAAUAUAG